AUGGCAACUGCAACAGUCUCAUCACAUGCAACUCAUUCAUUCAAAAAUGCUAUUGCUCUUAUUACUGGAGCCAAUAAAGGUAUUGGCUUUGAAACAGCACGUCAAUUAGGCAAACAACGUAUUAUUGUAUUAAUUGCUGCUCGAGAUAAAGUACGUGGUGAAGAAGCAGUCAAAAAAUUAAAACAAGAAAAAAUUAAUGCAAAAUUUAUACAUCUUGAUGUUACUAAUCAAGAAUUAAUUAAAAAAGCAGCUGAACAAAUACAACAAGAAUAUGGAAAACUUGAUAUAUUAAUUAAUAAUGCAGCUGUACAUAUAGAAGGUGAACCACCAUCGAAAACAACUAUGGAAAAACUUCGUCAAACAUUUGAAACAAAUUUUUUUGGUGUUUUUGCUGUAACUCAAGCUUUUAUACCAUUAUUACAAAAAUCUACUGUUGGUGGUCGAAUUGUUAAUGUAUCAAGUCAAUUAGCUUCAUUUGGUAAUAAUUUAGCUGAUCGUAAUAAACUUGCAUAUUCAACAUCUAAAACAGCAUUAAAUAUGAUGACAUAUCAAUUUGCUAAAGAAUUUGCAAAUAAUAGAUCUACUAUUAAAAUAAAUAGUGUAGAUCCAGGUUCAACUCAAACUGAUAUGACUGGUAACAAUGCUAAAUUUGGUCCUGUUCAAGUUGCUGCUGAUCCUAUUGUUUAUUUUGCUACUCUACCUUCUGAUGGACCUUCUGGUCAGUUUUUUGAUCCAAAAAAACAACCACAUCCAUGGUAG